CUUCCCGGGCUCCGGUGGCCUCACGCGCACAAAUGGGGCUAGGGGACUGAAAGGGUCUUCGUGGCGAAGGACGGCUAGUCUCGGAGGGAAAGUAGUCACCAGUCCAACUCAGGUCACCCCCACUAUGACUUCGGGGGGAGUGGCCACGGCGGGUCCUAUCUGGUGGUGAGUGGCUGUCAUGAUCUCUACAGCACCGCUCUACAGCGGCGGGCACAACUGGACCAGUUCUGACCGGAUUCGCAUGUGUGGCAUCAACGAAGAGAGAAGAGCACCUCUUUCUGAUGAGGAGUCCACGACAGGUGACUGCCAGCACUUUGGAUCUCAGGAGUUUUGUGUCAGCAGCAGUUUUUCCAAGGUGGAGCUCACGACAGGUGGAAGUGGCAGCAAUGCCCGGGGGGCAGAUUCAGAUGGCACUGCAACAGAAAAACUUGGGCAGAAGUCAGAAGACAAGUCUGACGACCCACAGCCAAAAAUGGACUAUGCUGGGAAUGCAGCAGAGGCUGAGGGCCUCUUGGCACCACUGAGCAGCCCAGGAGACGGGCUCAAGCUUCCUGCUCCUGACAGUGCUGAGGCAAGCAACAACAGGGCUGAUUGCUCCUGGACUCCCCUCAACACCCAAAUGAGCAAACAGGUUGACUGCUCAGCAGUGGGGGUAAAGGCUUUGGACUCUCGACACAGUGUCGGGGAGAAGAAUACUUUCAUUUUGGCAACUCUGGGGACUGGAGUCCCUGUUGAAGGGACCUUGCCUCUUGUUACCACUAACUUCAGUCCUCUGCCAGCCCCUAUUUGUCCCCCUGCUCCCGGUUCAGCCUCUGUCCCCCAAUCUGUUCCAGAUCCAUUCCAGGUUCCCCUUUCCGUCCCUGCCCCAGUGCCCCAUUCUGGGCUCGUUCCAGUCCAAGUUGCCACUUCGGUUCCAGCUCCUUCCCCUCCCUUGGCACCAGUCCCUGCUCUGGCUCCAGCACCACCGUCACUGCCUACACUUAUCUCUGACUCGAACCCCCUUUCGGUUUCAGCCUCAGUCUUGGUGCCUGUGCCAGUUUCUGCUCCCCCUUCAGGCUCAGUUCCCCUGUCCACUCCAGCUCCUACACCCCUCUCAGUUCCAGUUUCAGCUCCUCCCUUGGCUUUGAUUCAGGCUCCUGUGCCCCCUUCAGCUCCAACCUUGGUUCUUGCUCCUGUCCCCACUCCAGUUCUGGCUCCCCUGCCGGCAUCCACACCUCCAGCAGCUCCUGCCCCCCAAUCUGUGCCGAUGCCCACCCCAACCCCAUCUUCAGGCCCACCUUCUACCCCUACCCUCAUCCCUGCCUUUGCUCCCACGCCAGUGCCUGCACCCACCCCAGCCCCAAUCUUUACUCCAGCCCCCACACCCAUGCCUGCUGCCACACCAACUGCCGUUCCCACCUCUGCACCCAUCCCGGCCUCCUUCAGUUUGAGUCGAGUGUGUUUUCCUGCAGCUCAGGCACCAGCUAUGCAAAAAGUACCCCUGUCCUUUCAGCCAGGGACAGUGCUGACCCCGAGCCAGCCACUGGUAUAUAUCCCACCUCCGAGCUGUGGGCAGCCGCUCAGUGUGGCCACACUGCCAACCACCCUGGGGGUCUCCUCCACUCUCACACUCCCUGUCCUGCCAUCCUACCUGCAGGACAGGUGUCUUCCAGGUGUGCUGGCUUCCCCAGAGCUCCGGUCUUACCCAUAUGCAUUUUCUGUGGCCCGGCCUCUGACUUCAGAUUCCAAGCUGGUCUCCCUGGAGGUGAACAGGCUCCCUUGCACUUCCCCAUCUGGCAGCACCACUACCCAGCCUGCACCCGAUGGGGUCCCUGGGCCUUUGGCAGAUACCUCUCUUGCCACUGCUUCUGCCAAGGUGCUUCCAGCUCCACAGCCUUUGCUGCCAGCCCCCAGUGGGAGUUCAGCCCCACUACACCCUGCCAAGAUGCCAGGUGGCACUGAGCAGCAAACAGAAGGGACUUCUGUUACCUUCUCUCCCCUCAAGUCCCCUCCACAGCUGGAGCGAGAGAUGGCCUCUCCAUCUGAGUGUAGUGAGAUGCCCCUUGACCUCUCCUCCAAGUCCAACCGCCAGAAGCUUCCAUUGCCGAACCAGCGCAAGACACCCCCCAUGCCUGUGUUGACUCCUGUGCACACCAGCAGUAAGGCCCUCCUCUCCACAGUCCUGUCUAGGUCUCAGCGCACAACACAGGCUGCUGGCAGCAAUGUCACCUCCUGCCUGGGCUCUGCUUCCUCGCCUUUUGUCAUCUUUCCCGAGAUUGUGAGGAAUGGGGACCCAAGCACCUGGGUAAAAAACUCAACUGCGCUGAUCAGCACCAUUCCUGGCACCUAUGUGGGAGUGGCCAACCCAGUGCCUGCAUCCCUGCUGCUGAACAAAGAUCCCAACCUGGGCCUCAACCGUGACCCCCGCCAUCUCCCCAAGCAGGAGCCUAUUUCCAUCAUUGAUCAAGGAGAGCCUAAGAACACUGGUGCCACAUGUGGCAAGAAGGGAGGCCAGGCUGGUGCUGAGGGACAGCCAAGCACAGUCAAACGAUACACCCCAGCCCGCAUUGCCCCUGGGCUACCAGCAUGUCAAACCAAGGAGCUCUCUUUGUGGAAACCCACAGGGCCAGCAAAUAUUUAUCCACGAUGUUCGGUCAAUGGGAAACCCACCAGCACCCAGGUCCUGCCUGUUGGCUGGUCACCGUACCACCAUGCAUCUCUGCUUUCCAUUGGCAUUUCCAGUGCCGGGCAGCUGACCCCCACUCAGGGGGUACCCAUCAGGCCCACCAGUGUCAUUUCUGAGCUUUCUGGUGUGCCAUCUCUUGGCUCUAGUGAAGCUGUGCAUGGACUUCCUGAGGGGCAGCCACGGGCUGGGGGCCCCUUUGCUCCAGAGCAGGAUACUGUCACAAAGAACAAACCUUGCCGGAUUGCUGCCAAGCCUUAUGAAGAACAAGUUAACCCUGUCCUCUUGACCCUCAGCCCUCAGACAGGGACUCUUGCACUGUCUGUUCAGCCUAGCAGUGCGGACAUUCGAGUAAAUCAGGGGCCUGAGGAAUCAGAGAGCCACCUCUGUUCUGACAGCACUCCCAAGAUAGAAAGCCCCCAGGGGGCUUGUAGUAUAAAGCUAGCAGGGGAUACGAAGCCUAAGAACCAAGUGCUGGCUACCUACAUGUCCCAUGAGCUGGUCUUGGCCACCCCCCAGAACCUGCGCAAGAUGCCUGAGCUGCCUUUGCUACCUCAUGACAGCCACCCCAAGGAACUCAUCGUGGAUGUGGUUCCGAGCAGCAAGAGGGGCUCCAGCACAGAGAUUUCACAGCUCGGAAGCCAGGUGGACCUGGGGCGGGUGAAAAUGGAGAAGGUGGAUAAUGACGUGGCCUUCAAUUUAGCCACCUGCUUCCGGGCUGAUGGCCUCCCAGCAGCUCCCCAGAGGGGCCAAGCUGAAGUUCGGGGUAAGGCUGGGCAGGCUCGAGUGAAACAGGAAAGUGUAGGGGUCUUUGCGUGUAAGAACAAGUGGCAGCCAGAUGAUAUGACCGAAUCUCUGCCAUCCAAGAAGAUGAAGUGUAAAGAGAAGGAAGGCGAAGAGCAGCAGCAGCAGUUGCCACAAACCAAGGCCAUGGUCCGGAGCUCCCACAGACCCAAGUGCCGAAAGCUGCCCAGUGAUCCCCAGGAACCCACCAAGAAAAGCCCCAAGGAGGCUUUGGAUUCAGGAAAAGAGCACAAUGGAGUCAGGGGAAAGCACAAGCUCCGGCAGCCAACAAAGCCGGAGUCCCAGUCUCCAGGAAAACGAGCUGAAGGCCAUGAGGAAGGUUCCUUGGAAAAGAAAGCAAAGAGCAGUUUCCGUGACUUCAUUCCUGUGGUUCUGAGCACUCGGACACGUAGUCAGUCUGGAAGCAUCUGUAGCUCCUUUGCUGGUAUGGCAGACAGUGACAUGGGAAGCCAAGAAGUCUUUCCCACAGAAGAGGAAGAGGAAGUGUCCCCCACCCCAGCUAAGCGUCGCAAGGUGAGAAAGACCCAGCGGGACACCCAGUAUCGCAGCCAUCAUGCCCAGGACAAGACCCUGCUGAGCCAGGGCCGCAGGCACUUGUGGCGAGCCCGAGAAAUGCCCUGGAGGACAGAGGCUGCGCGGCAAAUGUGGGACACCAAUGAGGAGGAGGAGGAAGAUGAGGAGGAUGGCCUGGUGAAGAGGAAGAAACGGAGAAGGCAGAAGAGCCGAAAAUAUGAGACUGGGGAGUACCUGACUGAGCAAGAAGAGCAACGGCGGAAAGGGAGAGCAGAUUUAAAGUCCCAUAAGCAGAAGACUUCCUCCCAGAGUUCGGAGCACUGCCUCAGGAAUAGGAACCUUCUUUUGCCCAACAAAACCCAGGGGAUCUCGGAUGCACCAAAUGGUUUCCUCCCAAAUAACCUGGAGGAGCCGGCCUGCCUUGAAAAUUCAGAAAAGCCAUCAGGAAAGCGAAAGUGCAAGACCAAGCACAUGGCAAAUGUCUCAGAAGAGGGAAAGGGCAAAAGUCGUUGGAGCCAGCAGAAGACACGAUCUCCCAAAUCUCUCACCCCAACAAAAGCUACAGAACCAUGUACACCCUCUAAGUCCCGAAGUGCUGGCCCAGAGGAGGCCUCAGAAUCACCUACAGCUAGGCAGAUUCCCCCGGAGGCACGUCGGCUCAUAGUAAACAAAAAUGCUGGUGAGACCCUCUUGCAGAGGGCCGCACGUCUUGGAUAUAAGGAUGUUGUUCUCUACUGCCUCCAGAAAGACAGUGAAGAUGUGAAUCACCGGGACAAUGCUGGCUACACAGCACUGCAUGAGGCCUGCUCCCGGGGUUGGACUGACAUCCUGAACAUCCUGCUGGAGCAUGGGGCCAAUGUGAACUGCAGUGCACAGGAUGGCACAAGACCAGUUCAUGAUGCAGUGGUGAAUGACAACUUGGAGACCAUUUGGCUUCUGCUGUCCUAUGGGGCUGACCCCACACUGGCUACCUACUCAGGCCAGACGGCGAUGAAGUUGGCCAGCAGUGACACCAUGAAGCGCUUUCUCAGUGAUCACCUCUCAGAUCUUCAGGGCCGGGCAGAAGGUGAUCCUGGUGUAUCCUGGGAUUUUUAUAGCAGUUCUGUAUUAGAGGAAAAAGACGGGUUUGCCUGUGACCUCCUACAUAAUCCUCCUGGGAACUCCGAUCAAGAAGGAGAUGAUGCGGAAGAGGAUGAUUUCAUGUUCGAACUCUCAGACAAGCCUCUUCUCCCUUGCUACAACCUCCAAGUGUCAGUGUCCUGCGGGCCUUCUAACUGGUUCCUCUUUUCCGAUGUCCUGAAGAGACUGAAGCUUUCCUCCAGGAUCUUUCAGGCCCGGUUCCCGCACUUUGAAAUCGUCACCUUGCCCAAGGCUGAGUUCUACCGGCAGGUGGCCUCCAGUCAGCUGCUGACCCCUGCCGAGAGGCCUGGAGGCUUGGGGAACAGAUCUCCCCCAGGCUCCUCUGAGACUGUAGAGCUGGUGCGGUAUGAGCCAGACCUACUUCGGCUGCUAGGGUCGGAGGUGGAAUUCCAGUCUUGGAACAGUUGACCAGGAAAACAGCCCCUCCCUUUUCUUCUUUCUCCUCCUGAGUUCACCCUUCCUCCACCUUCCAUGUCUUCUCCCACCGAGCACCAGACUGCAGAAUGAGGCAAUAAUAUGGACCAACAAGAAGCCGCCUUAUCAAUGCCAGCAUUAGUGACUGGACUUUUUUUGUUCUUUUGGUUACAAUUAGUUCUCAUCUCCCUGUCAUUGUCAUUGUUGUGGUUGGUGGUGGGGGUGGAAAGUUGAACUCCACAUCUGAGGACAAGAGGUCCUGGGAGUGGUGGGGAAGGUGGCACCAGGGUCCCUUGGACUGGCCUUUUUGUGUAUGACUGAGACCCAACCAGGGCCCUGGGUGGCUGCAGCCUGUCCAGUGGAGAAAUGAGAAAAGCCCAAAUUUCUGAGUACCCCCCUCUGUUCCCCUGUGUUCUUCUGUCUUCCAUAGUAUUUAUUUUAUUAGUAUUUAAUUUGUAUUGUUUCAUUGGUUUCUGAUAAGUCUGUAUCACUGUGACAAUUUGAGACAACUUGUUGUAUUGAGGGACUUUCUUUACCUCUUUUCUUUUUCUUUCUUGAUAAGCUCUGACAAAG